ACUGCCAAGUGCCAGUAGCCUUCCUGUCUGGUUUCUUUGGGGUGGUUCAGAUUAGACUUCAGUUUUGUUGUCAUCUAUCUUCUCUUAUCUUUGAAAGUAGGUCCUCCGUCUUCGAAAGUUCGACUCCAGGUCCAUCUCCAACAGGGUCUCCUCAUGGCUACAAACACGCUAAGUUCCGCUUUUAGGAAGAUUGACGUCGACCAGUACAACGAAGACCAAUACAGGGAGGAUGAUCCGGCCGAGCCGCAAUCGCCACCCUCGGGCCCCGAUGAGUCAGAAGUGAACAAUCUAUUGAUGAAGGGCAACAACAUCGAGGCUCUGAUCGUCGUGUUGAAAAAUGCUCCACUCGCCUCCAAAAACCAACAAGUCAAAGACAAUGCAUUAAAUCUGACCAUGAAGGUACUCAUGUCAUUCAAGUCUUCCCAAAUGGAUGAAGCUGUGGCUGCACUCAGCAGCGACUUAGUGGACACUCUUAUGAAGUAUAUUUAUCGAGGAUUUGAAUUUCUGUCUGAAAAACGAAGUGGACAAUUACUACUGUGGCAUGAAAAAGUCUAUGCUGUUGGAGGCCUUGGUUCCAUUGUCAGGGUUCUUACAGAAAGCAAAAGAGCAUAGCAUAUUGGUGAUAAAUAUACUAUGUUGCAAGUAAAACACAUUGCAACAUCCAAUACUAUUAACCAAUUUUGGUUUGUAAUUAUUGCAAAUUCAUUUAUAUACCAAUUGUUUUAUCCAUAUUAAAUAUUCCAUCAUUUAACAUAAGACAUUUUACUCUAAUACGUACUUGUAAGUAUAGCAUAUUUUUUGUAUUCUUGUUUUUCUUACGAGGAUUUCCCUAGAUUGCUAAUUGAAUUAAAUAUGCACAUAAAUUGUAAAUAAAGCAAGCUCCAUGUGUUCAGGGCUCAA